CCCCGGGCCUCCCUCAGCCGCGGCCGUUGCGGAGUGCCCUGCCUGCGGCCCCAACAUGGACGAAGAGGGCGGCGGAGGUGGCGGCGUGCCUGAUGACCUCUCCAUAGAAGAAAGAGAAGAGCUUUUAAAUAUUCGUCGCAGGAAAAAAGAACUGAUUGAUGAUAUUGAGAGAUUAAAGUUUGAAAUUGCUGAGGUUAUGACAGAAAUUGAUAAUCUGACUAGUGUAGAAGAAAGCAAAACUACACAAAGAAAUAAGCAAAUAGCCAUGGGAAGGAAGAAAUUCAACAUGGACCCUAAGAAGGGAAUACAGUUUCUGAUAGAAAAUGACCUCCUGCAGAACACUGCAGAAGACAUUGCACAGUUCCUUUAUAAAGGAGAAGGAUUAAAUAAAACGGUAAUUGGAGAUUACCUCGGUGAAAGAGAUGAAUUUAAUAUUAAAGUUCUUCAGGCUUUUGUUGAACUCCAUGAGUUCGCUGAUCUCAAUCUUGUACAAGCCUUAAGGCAGUUUCUGUGGAGCUUCAGACUCCCAGGAGAGGCUCAAAAAAUUGAUCGUAUGAUGGAAGCUUUUGCUUCACGCUAUUGCCUUUGUAACCCAGGAGUCUUCCAGUCUACAGAUACAUGCUAUGUGCUUUCAUUUGCGAUCAUUAUGUUAAAUACCAGUCUGCACAACCACAAUGUAAGAGAUAAACCAACAGUAGAGAGGUUUAUUUCUAUGAAUCGUGGAAUUAAUGAAGGUGGAGACCUUCCAGAAGAAUUACUACGGAAUUUAUAUGAAAGUAUUAAGAAUGAGCCGUUUAAAAUUCCAGAGGAUGAUGGAAAUGAUCUAACGCAUACAUUUUUUAAUCCAGAUAGAGAAGGUUGGCUGCUGAAAUUAGGGGGAAGAGUAAAAACGUGGAAACGGAGAUGGUUUAUUCUGACUGAUAAUUGCCUGUAUUACUUUGAAUACACAACAGACAAAGAACCUAGAGGAAUUAUUCCGUUAGAAAAUCUUAGCAUAAGAGAAGUUGAAGACCCUAGAAAACCAAACUGCUUUGAGCUCUAUAACCCCAGUCAUAAAGGUCAAGUAAUUAAAGCAUGUAAAACUGAAGCUGAUGGUAGAGUGGUGGAAGGCAACCAUGUAGUGUACAGAAUAUCUGCUCCCACCCCAGAAGAAAAGGAAGAGUGGAUUAAAUCUAUCAAAGCAAGUAUCAGCAGGGAUCCCUUUUAUGAUAUGCUGGCAACAAGGAAACGAAGAAUUGCAAAUAAGAAAUAG